GAGAGAAUAUUGCUUUACCAAAAGAUGCGGAUGAAAUUGAAAAAAUUAAAUACACUAUUAGUCAAAGCAUCUUAAAUUAUCAGUUUGAAACUAAUAAACCUUUAACUGUCAUAGCCGAAGAAAUAGCCUUAGCCGACAUUACGGAAAAGAAAGUUUAUGAUAUUUGUCGGGAUUGUAGAGAAAAUAUUCUUCCCUUAUUGUUAGGAGAUAUGGUUUAUUCUCUGAAAAAACAAGAAAGUUUACCUACUAAAAUCCCCAACAUUUACCAAGCCUUAGAAGAGCAUCAAAUGCUAGCUCAUCACUAA